AUGCCUCAAAACGUCAUCAUCCCUGGCCUACCUGAGCUGAAAUUGUCCGAUUUACCUUCGGCAUUCAUGGAUACAAAUGGCUUCCUAAACUAUUAUCUUCGCCAGUUGGAGAGCGUGAAGGAUGCCUCGUGGGUACUUAUCAAUACAUUCUAUGAGCUGAAGCCUGAGACCAUCAAUUCCCUAAAAUCAACCUCUCUUCCUUUCCUCCCAAUCGACCCUUCCAUACCCUCGGCUUUUCUUGAGGGGGGAAAUCCAGAGGAUAGGCAGGUGGGCGCCAAUCCUUGGAAAGCCACCGACUGUAUGAAAUGGCUGAACAGGAAGCCCCCGCUUUCGGUCUUAUACAUUUCAUUCGGCAGCAUAGCUGUCAUAAGCCCAGAGCAAAUCAAAGAACUGGCUGUGGGUAUCCACCAAAGUGGCCAAUACUUCCUGUGGGUCGUCCGAGCCCCUCCAGGACACGGUCACAUUGGUGAACUUCUGCCCACUGGGUUCUUGGAGGACACCAUGGAAAGAGGCUUAGUGGUGGAAUGGUGUUGUCAAGUGGAAGUUCUUUCUCAUCCCUCUGUGGGGGUGUUUAUGAGCCACUGCGGUUGGAAUUCUACCUUGGAUGGGUUGAGCUUGGGAGUUCCUGUGCUCACUUUGGAGAUUUGGACAGAUCAGCCCACCAACGCUAAAUGUUUGGCGGAUGUUUGGAAAACAGGUUUGAGAAUGAGAAAGAGAGAAGAUGGGAUUGUGACAAGGGACGAGAUUCAGAGAUGCCUAAGAAUUACAUUUGAAAGCGAACAAGGAAAGCAACUGAAAACCAAUGCUCUCCGGUGGAAGGAAUUAGCAACAAGUGCUUGCAGUGAAGGUGGCUCCUCUGACAUCAAUCUCAAGCAGUUUAUCCAGGAGAUCAUUGCCAGAGACAUACAGUAG